AUGAGUUCGAUCUUGACCGCUCAGUGGUGCGGGAAUGACGCUGAGGCAGGAGACUGGACGAUGGCUGCGAGGUCCAGGGUCGCCUCCCCGCCCCUGCGUGAUGGACUUUUGAUAGUGAAAGUGGAGGAAGACCCACUCAGAGGUCAGGAAUCCGACCCUCCGGGCGACUGUCAGGACCCAGAAACUUUUCGACAGCAGUUUAGGCAGUUUCGUUACCAGGAGGUGGCUGGACCGGUAGAGGCUCUGAGACGGCUCAGGGAACUUUGUCGUCAGUGGCUGAGGCCCGAGCUGCACACCAAGGAGCAGAUCGUGGAGCUGCUGGUGCUGGAGCAGUUCCUGACCAUCCUGCCGGAGGAGACCCAGGCCUGGGUGCGGGAGCACUCUCCGGAGAACUGGGAGGAGGCUGCGGCUGUGGUGCAGGCUUUUCAGAGAGCGCUGGAUGGGACCGCGCCGCAGGGGUUGGUGACAUUCAAGGAUGUGGCUAUGUCUCUAACCUGGGAGGAGCAGGAGCAUCUGGACCCAGCUCAGAGGGACUUCUCCAGGGAAAGUACACAGGAAGAUUACGGGAACACAAUCUUACUAAGUUUGGAAACCAGAACUGAGAACAAAGAGUUGAUUCCAAAGCAAGAAAUUUUAGAAGCAGCAGAGGCACAGGGGCAAGUGCAGGAAGGGUCUCAGAGAAAGGCUCCCUUGUUCUUUGAGUGUGGUGAUACUCACACAGACACAGUAGAAGAGCAGUCAAGAAACACUGCAGUGUUGAAACUUGAAAAUUCUCCUGAAGAACAAGGAGUCACUAGCUUCCCAGUUCUCAACAAGAACAAUUCCACAGAAGAGGGAGACUUAAAAAAUAGUGAAUUUGGGAGCAGUGCCAAAAGGUCAAACUUUGUUUUUCAUCAGCAUGUUCAGAUAGUAGACAGGCUCGUUCACAGUGACGGACGUGGAAAUAAUUGCAAACAGAAUUUAGAUAUGGUACGACAUCAAGUGGUGACACCUCACCUAUCUAUUGACAGUGAGGAAAAUAUUCAUAGCUCUGGUCUUUUGGGGAUCCAGAGGCAGAUCCAUCAAGAAAGACCUUAUAAAUGUGGUGACUGUGAGAAGAGUUUCAAACAGCAUUCUGACCUCUUUAAACACCAGAGAAUACACACUGGUGAGAAACCAUAUGGAUGCCAAGAAUGUGGGAAAAGCUUCAGUCAGAGUGCUGCCCUUGUCAAACACCAGAGGACUCAUACAGGUGAAAAGCCAUAUACGUAUCCCAAAUGUGGGGAAAGCUUCAGACAGAGCUUACAUCUAAACUGGCAUCAAAGAAUCCCUACAGGAGAGAAGUACUAUAAAUGUAAUGAAUGUGGGGAAACCUGCCAUAUUUCCAACGUUUUUAGACAUCUGAGAAUACAUAAAGGUGACAGACCCUAUAAAUGUGAAGAAUGUGAGAAGAGCUUCAAACAACGCUGUGACCUUGUUAAACAUCAGAGGAUCCACACUGGAGAGAAGCCUUACGGAUGUUCUGUCUGUGGCAAAAGCUUCCGUCAGAGUGCAACCCUCAUUAAACACCAGAGAAUUCACAGUGGGGAGAAACCUUAUAAAUGUGCUGAAUGUGGGAAAAGCUUUAGACAAAGUUCACACCUUAUCAGACACCAAAGAAUCCACAGACAUAAAGUCCCACUAUUUUGA